AUGCUGGAGGUGAAAGCGCAGCACAAGGCAGAGCCAGAGUACUUGGCCAGGGAUGGUCCUUCAAGCAACAGCUCCUUCUACAGCAGCGAAGGGGAGGGCACAGACCAUGAGGGAGAUAUUCUGGAUUGCAGCGGCUCCAGGCCUUUACUGAUGGAUUCGGAAGAGGAGGAGGAGACGAGCAAGCUGUGCCCAGGGUUCCUGCAGCCGCUGCCCAGGCACGAGGCCUCCAAAGAAGAUGCCCGGUCGCAGGCCCGAGCAGGGGAGAUGCUGUUCCCGGCUUUCCGCAGCGGGGAGGUUUUUAACGAGCCCGAUGUGUUCGCCACGGCUCCUUUCCGAAGCUCCAGGAAGGUGCCCGAUGAAGUGGAUGUCUUUACCAAAGCUCCUUUUAUCUGUAAGGGCAGCGUGGCUCUACGACAUCCAGAGGAAGCAGAUGUGUUCCUGAGAGCCCCUUUCACCAAGAAGAAAAGCACGGAGGAGUUGACUUUCCACAAGGAGCCGUUCCCAGCACCCGUUUUCCCGAGCCAAGGGGGCGAUGGCCGAGCUCAGCCCGUGUUCCCGUGCCUGGAUUCAGCAGCACACGGCUCCGUGGCCCCGCUGAGAGCUCCGUAUCCUCCUGCUGGCUUUGCUCAGCCGGGCAGCGUCCAUCCCUGCUCCGCCAGAGCCGUGGAGGCCCAGGAGAGCGUCCCUGCAGCGCUGCCAGAGCAGGGCGACGCGGCCGGCGAGAGGAGCCACGGCCACGCGCCGGCCCUGGACGCCGCGCUGGGCUCCGUGGCCAACAAACCUUUCCGUCCACAGUCCCUGUCCAAGUAUUCCCGGCACUACAGUCCUGAGGAUGGGCCGGGCCUCGAGGCCAAGCCCAUAGCUGCUUACAAAGUGGUGUCUCACAGCAGCAGACAGGCCAUAGCGGGCUCUGUCUCUGUUGUCCCGCUGUCUUCCAGGACUACGGAGCUGCCUGGUGCAGAUCCCUUCGCCUCGGCGCCCUUCCCUUCCAAAGCAGCAAAGCAGAAGCCUUAA